GGUUAUGUUAGGUUAUGUUAAAUCAUAUACAAAAGUUUUUUUCAUUGAUAAUAUAAUAACUUGUAUGCAUUGUUCAACGAAUAUUAUCUACGCGUUUGUCAUGAUAAAAUUAUCGGUUUUCUAGACCUCUUUUGCAUCAAACUUCACGUCAAAUCGAGCGGCAUCGAAAUGUCCGGUAAGCUGCCUCGAUCUGCGAUGAGCUUGAAACAGUUCAUGGUUCACCAAGAAGUGUUGAAAUUGUACCGAAAUAUUAUGCGAACAAUUCGACAAGUUCCAGAUGAGAUGGACCGGCGUUACCUUAGAGAUUGGGCGAGAAAUGACUUCAGGUCUAACAGGGACAUCAAAGACGAAUUCGCCAUCAAGUCUCUAAUAAUACACGGAGAAAAUUCGCUCGCCGAACUAAGGAGAAAUUUAAAUCGAACAAAGGGCUCGUGAAAGCUAUUCGCUGAACAUAGAUCUGAGCAUGAACAGAGCAGCGACGAUAUACUGACCAUCAAAACAAAAGCAGGGCACCACAUUAACAACCGCCAAACCUGCAGAAAACACUGUAACAUAUUUGCAGAGAAGAGCCAAGGCCUCGGGAAG